GUGGCGACGCCCUAAUUUUGUUUCUUUUAAAUUAAUGGACUUUAUGUGAUUGCAUUGUACGGAAGGUCUGGCCAGUCAGAGUCUAUCUCUCAACACGCCAGGACCAGUUAUUUUUUCUUGGAAGGGGAAAUCGACGGAACCUUUGGCAGUUAUCUUGGGAAGGACUGUAAGGCUUGUUGACCUGAGAUCAGCAGAAAGUCCUGGGCUGUAAAUUAUGGAUCCCCGUCAAGCACAGCCAUAUGCAGUGCCUGGACAUCUUCCAAUGGCUAGUGAGAAUCAAACUGUUCCACCAGCAAACAUCCCGGAUAAAAUGGCUGGGUACGAGUCCAUAACCACGGGUGGAGAAGAAAUAUACCUUCCUCCCCCUGUUUAUCCAGCAUACAAUGCAGAAGGUGGCCAGCCACAGCCUGAUCAGCAAUGGAGCAUUCCCUCCAUCACUGAGGAUAUAGCCAAGCAAGCAUUGGUCAAGUAUGCAUCAGAGCAUGUCACCUACAGCAGCCGUCCUGCUGAAGAAAUGGUCCUCAAAGAAUUGAAACCGUACAACAUGUACCGGUAUCGCCUUCAGAGCUUUACUGAAUCUCGAUCACCUGAAUGGAAAAGCGAGCCUUAUGCUGGUCAGACAAUUGACAGCUCUGGCUUUGGCAAUCCUCCACCACCAUGGGAAGUGCCAGUAGACAUUCCAGAAAUGUUUGAGAAAAAUAAGAAAAAAGUUCAAGUGCCCAACACUGCAUCUGUCAAGGGGUGCCACGGAUGUACGGCAAUGGGUAAACUCCCAUGCAGUGACUGCCUUCAGACAGGAUGGGUGAAAUGCAGGACCUGCGAUGGUAGAGGAUCCCUGUCUGGCGAUGGCAGCAGAUGCAGUCAUUGCAUGGGUAACGGCAAAAAAAGUUGUGGACCCUGCAGUGGACAUGGACAAAAGAAAUGUGAUGUGUGCCAAGGCCAUGGUCAGUUGUAUCUUUACAUUCAGUUGACAGUAAAGUGGGAAAACAACAAUUUUGAAAAAGUUAUUGAACAACAGUGUGGAUUUCCCACACAGAAACUCAGUAAAGUCACUGGGAAGGAGCUGUUCAGUGAUCAACAGGUUCAGGUGUUCCCUAUCCUGGGCUUCCCAGACCCCAGGGUUAACCAGAUCUCCCAGCAGGGGAUCCAGGCACAUUGGACUCAAUUUGGGAAAACUUCUCGUAUAAUCCAGCAGCGGCAUACAGUUGAACUCAUCCCAGUCACCGAAGUCCACUACCAGUGGAAAAAGAAAGAGCACAGCUACUUUGUGUAUGGCACUGAAAACAAAGUGUAUGCCCCAGAGUAUCCUGGCAAGAAGUGCAUCAUUAUGUGAAGUACUUUAUCCAAGACAAAAAAAAAGCACAAAUUUGCCAUAAAUUUGAAAUGAACACAUAAGCUGCUGGGUAUGUGCUGUUUGCAUUUGACAAUGGACAAAGCCGAGGGGAGACAGGCCUUGUAGAAAUGGGUUGGGAAGGAAGAUUAAAAUGGCAUGGAAGCUGAAGGAACAGCGUCUUAUAUUCUGCUUAGGUAGUAUACAACCCAAUGGCAUGAACAUUGGAUUCUCCAGUUUGAGUUAAACUGCUCACCUCCCUUCUUAUCUACCCAGGUUCUCUCACAUACAUACUUCAUCCCAACCCAACUCCCCAACCCCCCCACCCCACCCACUCUAUCAGCCCUUCACCCAUAGCACUUCAGUUUGUCCCUUGUUCGCUCCCUCCCCCAACUCCCCUGGUAUUCCUAUCCGUCCACCAUCCUUCCCAAAUCUUGGUUCCACUCUUCACCUUCCUUUCUUAUCAGAUUCCAUAAUCCGUAGCCCUUUGUUGCCACCACCUAUUGCCUCCCAGACUCUGUCACUCCCCCCACACUGGCUCCACCUGCCAAUGAGCUAUCCUUACCUGGAUCCAUCUAUCCUUCGCCAGCUCUCGCUCCAUCCUCCCCCCUCCCCACCUCAAAUCAACCCAAACGUUGACUGUCCAUUUCCCUCCAUCAAUGCUGGCUGAUCCACUGCAUUCCUCCUGCAAUUUGUAUUUAGCUCCAGAUUCUAGCAUCAGCAGUCUCUUGUCUCCUGGUGGACUUUGAAGUUGAUGCUUUGAGCUUCACUGGCAAUUUUUUUUUAUCUACAGGGGCUAUUCUGUAACGUUGGUUCAUAGCUUUUCUCAGCUUUGCAUUGUGUAACCUCGCUGAAAUUCAAUGUACUUCCAUAAUAAUUUGCAUAAAUUCUGGAGAAGUAUUCUUCAUUAUAUAUGCCCUAUUAUUGAAUGUGAUUAUCUUUUCUAAUUUUAACAUUGAAAUUGAUCUAGAAUUAAUUUUGGAUCCAUUAUAAUCAAACUUUCCCUAACCUAUAAAGGAUUUGAUCAAGUAAUAAGCACAUUUUAACACAAUUAAUCAAU